GUCUAUUUGAAAGAAAAGGAAGAACCCACAAAAUCAGAAGGAAAAAAAGGCCCGAAACUGGAAACCCAGCUGUUGUAAUGGUAAAACUCCUGCAAACCCAACGAAGUCCAGAUUUCAUUUUGCACUUUGCUUUUCAGAGGCAAAAAGAAACGUUGGAAAUGGGAUCAGUUGCAGCGCUAUCAUCACUGCAUAGUAUCCAAAACCUCAUCUUCUCAAAGCCUUCUGUUGCUCUUCUCAAACCCAUACGUUCACUCCCUCGCAUCACUUGCUCUUCUUCUUCUUCUUCUUCUUCUUCUUCUCUAGAAUUCAACAUCUCCUUCGCUCCUCCAAAACCCAAACCAAAGUCACCGCCCCAAUUGGACUUGUCGGACCAAGAAGUCCAGCUCUUCAUUCCUUGGAUUGUUCGCGGCGAAGAUGGCAAUCUGAAGCUCCAAUCCCAUCCACCUGCUCGCCUUAUCCACGCUCUUGCCGAUGCUAAAACCCACAACACCAAGAAACAGAACAAGGUAAAGAAGGUUGCCGCUGCUGCUCCCACUCCCGCGGUGAAAGACAGACAUUUAUCCAAGGCUGCUAGGAGAUUUUACAAUGAGACCUUCAGGGAGCCCCCUCAGCGUCUUAGUAAGGUUCUUGCUGCUUCUGGAGUGGCAUCAAGAAGGAACAGCGAAGAGCUUAUUUUUCAAGGCAAAGUUACUGUUAAUGGUUCUGUUUGCAAUACUCCUCAGACUCGAGUUGAUCCUGCAAGGGAUGUCAUUUAUGUCAAUGGAAAUCGCCUUCCUAAGAAACUGCCUCCUAAGGUGUAUCUUGCCCUUAAUAAGCCAAAAGGGUAUAUUUGUUCUUCUGGGGAGAAACAGUCUAAGUCUGUGAUGAGCCUAUUUGAUGACUACUUUAAGAGUUGGGAUAAAAGUAAUCCAGGACUGCCUAAACCUCGACUUUUUACAGUCGGUCGCCUUGAUGUUGCUACCACUGGCUUGAUUAUUGUGACCAAUGAUGGAGAUUUUGCUCAAGAACUUGCUCACCCUUCAUUUACUUUAUCAAAAGAAUAUAUUGCAACAGUAGAUGGUGCAGUAAACAAGCGGCAUUUAAUAGCCAUCAGUGGAGGAACAAUUAUCCAAGGUGUCCAUUGCACUCCAGAUUCUGUGGAGCUACUACCGCGGCAGCCAGAUCUGUUAAGACCGCGUCUUCGUAUAGUGGUGCAUGAAGGGAGGAACCACGAAGUUCGAGAACUUGUGAAGAAUGCAGGGCUGGAGAUUUGGUCAUUUAUGUUUAUGUCAACUCAUCUGUGUUAUCUACUCAGGUCCAUUCAUUAAAGCGUGUAAGAAUUGGCGGUUAUAGACUUCCAUCAGAUCUUGGGAUUGGGAAGCAUGUUGAACUAAGAAAAAGUGAACUGAAGUUAUUGGGUUGGAAGAGUUGAAAGUAGUGCUGCAUUACUGCUAGAAUACAUCUUCCCGGCUGUAUUUUGAUCAAAUGAAACACAGUUUCAAGGUUUCAGCAUGCAACUUGCGUAUGUUUUGUUGCGGACAGUUGCAUGGAAGGGACAAGUGAUGGAGUAAUGAGUCGAACUGCCUCCUGAUUAUAUCGUUAAUAUACGGCCGCUGCCAGGCGAGCUAUUCUGCUAGAGGUUGAGAAGCUUUGGCACUAGUAAAAAAUGCAAGUCCAUUUAUUAAAUCUGGGAACGUUUAUGUUGUGAAAAAUGCCUAUAGGUAAAAUGGGAUUGUGAAUUUGUUCUUAAUGAGAAUGUAUAAUUUUAUCCACAAGGGAACAAAGCUAAGGUGAUAUCCUUGCAGAUCUUGUAUCAUUCUCUAUAAAUUCUCACUUGGAACCUCAGAGGAGGAGAUGGUUGGGCUUGACUAGGUUUCAUCUAUCCUGUAAUUUCAUGUGCUCUCGGGAGCUAUGGCUGUACAAGUAUAGAACCCGAUUCACUUUUUGCUAAAAAAAUUUGUGUGGUCGGCUUAUUUCAUUUGUAACUGUUAGAACAUAAUGCCAACGCCCUCUCUUUGUUAUACCCAGGGAUAUAUAUUAUUAAAAUGAACUCCUGUUUACUUCA